AUGGAAAGAGAUGCUAUAAUUGCCCACGGAACGGCUUUUGUUUUACAGGACCGAUUGCUAAACUGCUCCGACCGCGAUGUUGCAUAUGCAUGUCGUCGCUGUGGUUCUUUAUUGUCAGUACUCAUGGAUACGAAAGCUGCAGCUGUUAAAUCUCGAAGAGGAGCAAUUUCUGCCGAUGAUUACACUGAGAAGCAAAUGUGCAGAAAUUGUGGGAAAGAAGAUGAAGUCUAUCUUGUGCAGGUACCGCGUGUGUUUCGUAUUGAGCGUGCGGAUGUUAGCCCGCAAUGA